UUAUUCUUCUUACCCAAAAGAAUUUCUUUCUGUCAGAAAAACAUUUCUAAUCGAUCUAGAAAAAAACCGUUUUUUUUUUCCCGAAUGCCAUGGAUUAUCACAGUAUGAAGAGGAAAGAUCUUCAAUCUCUUUGUAAGAAGCACCAUAUUCCAGCGAACAUGACUAAUUCAGCCAUGGCGGAUGCCCUUUCUGCUCUUAAUUUGGUUGAUGAGAUUGAAGAAACUGUGCCGGAGACGGAGAGGCCCGUAACCAGCAGGAACUCAUUAACUGCAAUAAAACCACAAACUGAUUUGAUUGAUGAUAAUGAACCUAGAAUUCCUGUUGGUGGUGCCAGAACUAGACGCGCACCUCUGCGUGAAAAGCCAGUUGAAGAGAUUUUAGCCAAAACUGCAGCACCGACGGCUUGCCAAAAGAAAAUUCAAGGAAAAGUUGUUUCCAAAGCCAAGGAAAAUGAUAAUGAGAAGGUGAAGGAGGAGGAGGUUCCUGUUGUCAAUACAAGGCGAUCUACAAAAUUGCACCAGGAAUCUAAACUCAAGAUAUCUGAGUCUGCCCAGGAGGUAGAAGCUAAGAAGAUUGGUGUGUUGUCUGAAGAAGUAAAUGUCAAAGACAAGGGAAAUAAUAAUGAGAAGGAGGAGAAGGAAGUUCCUGUUGUUAAUCAUGUUGCAAAGCGAUCCAGGAGAUCGCAACAAAAAUCUAAGCUCGAGAUAUCCGAGUCUGCCCAGGAGGUAGAAGCUAAGAAGACUGAUAUUAUGAUGUCUGAAGAAGUAAAUGUGAAAGACAAGGGAAAUAAUAAUGAGAAGGAGAAAGAGGAUCCUGUGGUUAAUCAUGUUACGAAGCAAUCCAAGAGAUUGCAACAAAAAUCUAAACUCACAUCUGAGUCUGUCCAGGAGGUAGAAGCUAAGAAGACUGAUAUGUUGGCUGAAGAAGUAAAUGUCAAGGACAAGGGAAAUAAUAAUGAGAAGGAGGAGGAGGUUGUUGUUGUUAAUCCUGUUACAAAGCGAUCACGUAGAUUGCAGCAGAAGUCUAAGCUCAAGACAUCUGAGUCUGUCCAGGAGGUAGAAGCUAAGAAGGAAGCUAAGAAGACUGAUCUUAUGUUGUCUGAAGAAGUAAAUGUUAAAGACAAGGGAAAUAAUAAUGAGGAGGAGGAGGUUGUUGUUGUUAAUCCUGUUGCAAAGCGAUCCAAGAGACUGCAACAGAAAUCUAUGCUCAAGAUAUCUGAGUCUGCUCAGGAGGUAGAAACUAAGAAGACUGACAUGUUGUCUGAAGAAGUAAAUGGCGAGGAGAUGAAAUCAGAGUUUGAAGUAAUUGACGUUGUUCUGCAGAAAAAUGACGGAAUUGAUGGCAAUUCUUCAAAGGAAGCGCAAGAUAAUGUGGCUUCUGGAAGCGUUGAUGUUGUUGAAAAAACUAUGCCAGAGAGUCCAGAAACCAGCAGGAAACCAUUAUCUGCAAGAAAACCUCAAUGUGAUUUGGUUGUUAAUGAACCUGAAAUUCCUGUUCGUCUUGCCAGAUCUAGACGUCCACGUUUGCUUGGAAACUCAUCUGCUUCAGAGGAGAUUAUACCCAAAAUUGCAGCACCAACAGCUUGCCGAAAGAAAACUGAAGGAAAACUUGCUUCCAAGGCCAAGGGAAAUAAUAAUGAGAAGGAGGAGGAGGUUCCUGUUGUUAAUCAUGUUGCAAAGCGAUCCACCAGAUUGCAGAAGAAAUCUAUGCUCAAGGUAUCUGAGUCUGUCUUGAAGGCAGGAGAAACAAAUGAAGCUAAGAAGACCGAUAUGUUGUCUGAAAAAGUAGUUGUGGAGGAGAUGAAAUCAGAGUCUGAAGUAACUGAUGAUGUUCUGCUGAAUAAUGAAGGAAUUAAUGGCAAUUCUUCUAAGGAUGAACAAGAUGAUUUGGCUUCUGGAAACGUUGACGGUGUUGAAAAGACUGUGCCAGAGAGUACAGUAACCACUAGAAACUCAUCAACUGCAAUAAAGCCUCAAUCUGAUUUGGUUGAUAAUGAACCUAGAAUUCCUGUUCGUCUUGCCAGAACCAGACGUGCACCUUUGCUUGAAAAGUCGGUUGCUUCAGUGAAAGAGAUUAUACCCAAAACUUCAGCACUAAGGACUUCCCCAAAAGAAGCUUCUGGAAGAAGUGUUUCCUGGGCCAAGGAAAUUGAUAAUGAGAAGGAGGAGGAGGUUCCCGUUGUUACUCAUAUUUCAAGGCAAUCCACCAGAUUGCAUAAGAAAUCUAAACUCAAGAAAUUUGAGGGUGUCCAGAAGGUAGAAGCUAAGAAGAGUGAUAUGUUGUCUGAACAAGUAAAUGCUGAGGAGAUGAAGUCUGAAAUAACUGACGUGGUUCUGCAGAAGAAUGAUGGAAUUAAUUGCAAUUCUUCAGAGGAAGAACAAGAUGAUGUGGCUUCUGGAAGCGUAAGUAGUGUCGUUGUCUCCAGUGAGUUUUCGAUGCUAGAAGAAUCUAAAGAUUUUGAAGAUACAGUUGAGUCAAGUGUUACUUCUGAAGAACCCUCUACUGCAUUGAUCAUGGGUGAGCUUCCCAAAGAUAGUGCUACUCAUGUUUUCAGUGAAUGCGUGUCAGAGGACCAUUCUGCCUUUACAGUACCUCCUGAGGAAUCUUUUCUAGUCGAAGCGAAUACUGAAAUUACAAAGGUCUACACUGAAUUGUUGAUGGUAGAGAGAUCUGGAGAUGUUGAAGAAAUUACAGUUGAUUCAUAUGUUAAUUGUGAAGACCCGUCUAGUGCUUUGAUCAUAGACGAGCUUUCCAAGGCUAGCACUACUCAUGCUUUUGUUGAGGAGAACACCGAAAUUACAAAGGUCUGUAUUGGAAGUGAAGAUCAACCUUUUGAGAAAAAUGAAGAUAAGGGUGUUUUGGACAUGGUGGUCAAAGUGGAAAAUGAGCCUGCUUAUGUCGUGGUUACUGAUGCUGAAGCGCUAGUUGGUGAUGAAUCUUCUCCAAUAUCAGAGAAUAUGGAUAGACUUGAAAACACAGAUGUUGACGACGUUGAGCGCAAGUGUGAGGCUGAGUUAUGUAGUGCCAACACUAAUGAAGUUGAAGAAUUAUCUUUGGAUCCUGAUAUGUUGCCUGAGGAAGUGAAUAUCCUGGAGCUGAAAUCAGAGUCUGAAGUAACUGAAGUUGUUCUGCAGAAGAAUGAUGGAAUUGAUGGCAAUUCUUCAAACGAACAACAAGAUGAUGUGGCUUCUAGAAAUGUAAGUGUUAUCAUGGUCUCCACUGAAUUGUCGAUGCUAGAGAAAUCAGGAGAUUUUGAAAAAAUCACAUGUAAUUCAAAUGUUACUUCUGAAGAUCCAGCUAGUGCUUCGGUCAUGGGUGAGCUCUUCAAGGCUAGCAGUCCUCAUGCUUUUGGUGACUGCAUUUCUGAAGACGGUGUUGUAUGUAUGAUGUCUGCCGAGGAAUCUAAAGUAAACAUUGGUAAUGUUUAUAGUGAAUCAUCUCUAGUAGAUUGGGUUAGUGGAGCUGAGACUUCAGAAAAUUUGAAUUUUAAUUCCCAACCCGUGGAAUGUGCCGAUCAAGUUAAGGAAAAUGAAGUCAUUGAAGAGAAGGAUGUGAAUGACUUGGAAUCAAAGGCUACAGAUAAAAAUGAGAUUACUUAUUUCGUGCCUUCUGACGUUGAAGUACUAUCUGUUGAUGAAUCUUCUCCAAUAGCCGAGAUUACGGAAAACCUUCAAGACUCAGAUGCUUAUGAAGUGGCCAGUAAACUCGAAUGCGAAACUGAUACAUAUGCUGUCAACCUUUCUGAACCUGAGGAAUUAUCUCUUGAUUCUGAUCACUUCUCUUUACAAGCAAUGCAAGACUCAAUGGAGGAAGCAAUGAACAAUCAGGAAGAUGAAAAUUGUACUUUGAAGAUUCAGCAGGAGAAUGUCUGUGACAAAGUUCAAGGUGUUAAUGUAGCAGCUAUUUUUGAUCCCAUGGCUAUUUGUGGUGCUGUGGUUGAUGGGUUGUUUGAUGAAGAAACAUCCUAUGAUAAAGAAAACAAUUCAGAUGGGGCAUUGGUGAUUCUAGACACUGUUGAGGAGAAUGAGAAGGACAAUUCAGGUGACACUGUUGACGAGAAUGAUGACAGUUGUGUUGUGGAUGAAAUUUCUGAUGUUGGAGCUGAUCUGAUUGUGAAGCAGACUCCUGUUAUUUCUGAAGGUGAAGCGCUAUCUUUUGAUGGAUUUUCUCCAACACUUGCGAAUACCGAAAACCUUGAAGAGUCUUAUGUAAAACUGGUGAUUUCAGGUGUUGAGGAGAAUGAGGACAGUUCUGACAUGGAUGAGAUUUCAGAUGUUGUUGCAACUGAUCAGAUUGUGAAGCAGACUCCUGUGCUUUCUGAAGGUGUAGCACUAUCUGUUGAUGGAUCUUCUCCAACACUUGCGAAUACGGAAAACCUUGAAGACUCUUAUGUAAAAUUGGUGAUUUCAGGUGUUGAGGAGAAUGAGAAUGACAAUUCUGGUGACAUUGAUGAGAUUUCAGAUGUGAAGCAGAUUCCAGUGCUUUCUGAAGUCGAAGCACUAUCUGUUGAUGGAUCUUCUCCAACACUUGCGACUACGGAAAACCUUGAAGACUCAUUUGUAAAAUUGAUGAUUUCAGACUCUGUUGAGGAGAAUGAGAACUGUUCUGAGAUUUCAGAUGUUGUUGCAACUGAUCUGCUUGUGAAGCAGACUCCUGUGCUUUCUGAAGUUGAACCACUAUCUCUCGACAGAUCUUCUCCAACAGUUCGGGAUACGGAAAACCUUGAAGACACAGAUGUUUACGAAUUGGCCAACAAACUCGAAUGUGAGACUGAGAUAUAUGUUGGCAAUGUUUCUGAACUUGAGGAAUUUAUCUUGGAUUCUGAUUGCUUUUACUUCCAAGCAAUGAAAGACUUGAUGGAGGAAGCAAUGGACUUUCAGGAAGCCGAAAAUUGUACUUCUGAGAUUCACCAGGACUGUGACAAGUCCAAUUGUGUUAAUGUAGCAGCUAAUAUUGAAACAUCUUAUGCUGAAGAAGCCGAUUCAGAUGUUGUUGAGGAGAAUGAGGACAGUUCUGGUGACAUCGUUGAGGAGAAUGAGCACAGUCCUGACAUGGAUGUUGUUGCAACUGUUCCGACAGUGAAGCAGACUCCUGUGCUUUCUGAAGUAGAAACACUAUCUCUCGGAUCUUCUGCAACAGUUCGAAAUACAGAAAACCUUGAAGACUCAGAUGUUUACAAAGUGGCCAAUAAAGUCGAAUGUGAGACUGAGGUAUACGUUAUCAAUGUUUCUGAACUUGAGGAAUUAUCCUUGGAUUGUGAUUGCUUUUAUUUUCAAGCAAUGAAAGACGUGGAGGAAGUAAUGGAUGGUCUGGAAGCCGAAAAGUGUACUUUUGAGAUUCAGCAGGACUCUGACAAGUCCCCAUGUGUUAAUGUAGCAGCUGAUACUGAAACAUCAUAUGCUGAAGAAGCCGAUUCGGAUGUAAAAUUGGUGAUUUCAGGCGUUGAGGAAAAUGAGAAGGACAAUUCAGACGACAUAGUUGAUGAGAAUGCGGAUGGUUCUGCCGUGGAUGAGACUUCAGAUGCUGUUGCAACUGAUGGGAUUGUGAAGCAGAUUCCUGUGCCUCUUGCAACUCCAAUAAAAAUAAAUACUUCAGCAAACCAGGUUCAGCAGAUCCCUCGAAUGUCAACUACUAAGAAGAAGGCUGCUACUAGUUCAAGAAGUUUCAAGGUUUUGGAUGACAACAAGGAGAUUGAUGAAAUGAGCAGGUUCAGUAUGAGAAGUACUUCUAAGGUGGCAACUAAACUAGUACUCGAAGAGAAGAAGGAGAACAAACAUGAAAACACUGUUCAAAGGAAACUGAAAUCUACAAGUUUAGGGCAGUUGAGGAAAAUGGUGAAAGCCAAACAACUUAAUCUCUCGGACACUAACGACACCAUUGUUAAGGAACUGCUGCACAUGGCGAAGAGGCCUGCCCUGCAGCAAGUGAGCAAUAACAGUCUGGUUCAUGAGAAAGAGAACUGAGCCAAAAACAGUUUGGUAGGGGUAAAUCUUCUCAAAGUUCUUGUAUAGGUGCCAAGGGAAUGCACACAAAGAUUGAUGCUCUUCUUUUGGUUGGGUUAAAACAUCUUUAUCCUUAUCAAGCAUUGUCUACUUUUGGAGGUCUUUCAACAUUGCCAGUAUGCCAAGUCUACUGCGGAAUGUAUGAAACAUCUCGUUUUUUAUAAUUUGACGUCUUUAUUUUUCUGUUCUUCAUUUUCAUACUUAAAUCUCGUGAUGUAAUCUUGAAUUCUGUCAGCAUACUAGUUGUGGUCUGUAAAAACUCCAGACUCCUUCGGACUAGCAUUUGAGUGAUUUCUGGAUAUUCAGUUUUGGCGUUUUUCA